CGUCACUUUCUAAAAGUGAAAAAAGUUAUUAAAACCAAACAAACCAAACACAACAAAUUUAGAUUACAUAAUAAAACCUAACUUGAUGUGGUAUCAAUCAAUUUAUAAAGUUGGAUAAUGGCAUAAAUUAUUUUAUAACGUUUUUUGAGGUCUCCUUGUGUCUAUAAAAUUAUGGAAGGCCCAGGCAUGAGUUUGUUUCAAGGGGCCGCGAGUAUUCAUAUUAAUAAUAGCGCGCAAGAUAGGCUUGAAGAACAAGAAGAACUGGAAGACCAAAAACGUCGUAAUGAAGAGCUUCAGCAGAAUUUAGACAAUGCUUUUGACGAUCUUCAAGUCGACGAUGAUAACAGUUCUGUAAACAGUAGUGGCAAUUACACAUUAGACGCAACACGUGCGAAUGGUGUUCAUCAUCCCACUAGAACAGGAUUGCCACCUACAUAUGUUGAGUCACUAAAUCACCUAAAAGAAACUCAGCAUGGUUCAGACUCUCCAAAACACUACAAUGAGUCUCCAAAAAAUAAUUUGCAACACCUAAGAAAUCAUGAAGAUGCUAUGAAAUGCUCUUACAGCCCAUUUGGGGCUGGUGAUGGCCAAAAUCAUUACUUUAAUCCAGAUGUUAGAGGUCACCUAAAUGGUAUCAACAAUUACGAUGCACGACAAGAAUUUAUGAGUAAUGAACAAUUAAAAUUUUUAUAUGAGAUGCGUGUUAAAGAAUGUGAGCAAUAUGCUACACAAAUUGAGGCACUUGAUACUGAAACGGACAAUCUGAGAGCAAAACUGUUGGCUGCUGUUCAUGACAAAGACAAGGCACAGUCUUCAUUGCAGGAAGCACAUCAUUUGCUUGCAUCUAGCAAGCACAAGUCGAUGGAGCUGGAGCAACAGGUGAUCGCGCUGAGCAAGCAGGUGCAGCAGGGCGAGCACGACAAGGAGCAGCUGCAACUCGAGCUGCGCGCCGCCGACAGCGCGCUGCGAGACGCGCAGCAACGGCUGCACGCGCUGCAGGUGGCUCACUCACACGACACUGAUGCCUUGUUUAGAGAACAGCAUGACAGACAUCGUGAAGAAAUGGACAGGUUACAUAAGGAUUUGAUGAAAGCCAAAAGUCGACUGGAUGAAAAGGAUAAUGAAGUGAAACUUCUCGAAAAACGAUGCAUGGAUCGUGAUAGAGAGAAAGAAGAGAUAUUAAUAGAAAAAGGUGCAACAAUAAAUAGGUUGGCUAGUGAACUGGAAGCGGCACAGAGCAGGCUGGUCAGUGGGGAGUCGGCUCGUUUAAAAGAAAAAGUAUUACAAUUGACCUCAGAGAGAAACGCAGCCAGGGAACAAGUUAAAGAACUUGGGUCUAAACUAGAAGUGACCGCGCAGGAAUUAGUUAUGUGUCGCAAUAAAGUAUUGACGGGUCAGAGGGAGUACGAGAACUGGAGAACGACACUUAACCAAAUACUUACGGAAAUUUUGCCCGAUAACAAUUAUAAUAUAGCUGACCCGCCAUCUCCUGGAAAAUUAGCGACACUUAAAGAAUUUUUGAGUCGUUAUAAACAACAGGCGCAAAAGUUGUCGACUAUGCAAGAAGAAAUAACGAAACGUGAAAAACGGCUGGAACAACAUAGAAAACAAGAAUCGGAUUUGCGAACAAAAUUAGAAGAACAAAAAGGUAUAGAAAUGCAGCUCAACUCGCGCCUCGCCGUGCUGCAGAAUAAAUUGGAACUGCUGGGAACUAACUCGGACAGCGAAUUAGUGGAGACUUACAAACAGCAGAACGAACACAUGAGAAAAGAUGUCGAGGAUCUACGGGCUGAGAUAAAAACCCUGGAACUGAAAUACACUGAACUCGAAAUGGAUUACGACAAACUUAAAAACGAGAAAGGUAGUCGAGCUUCACUUGUCCAGGAAGCGAACGCCGAUCUCCUGCGCGAGCUGGAAAGAUACAAUGGACAGCUGAAACACACGCUCAAGGAAAAUGGUGAAUUAAAGUCUCUAUAUCUCCAGGUGUGCAGCGCACGUGAUUCAAUAACGAGAGAAUUGAAAGACGUACACACAAAAACACAAAGGGAGAUAGAACAAUACAAAACGCAGGAGAGGGAGUAUAUCGAGCGGAUAGAGAACGAGAAAAGACAAGUUGAAAAACUGACAACGGACCUGUCCAACUGUAGAGAAGAGUUAGAGAGAGCUAAUAAAAGAAUAUCAGAGUUGCAAAAAGAGUUCACAGACAAACAGAAGGAAUUCACCGAUAAACUUGACAAGUUUCUUGAAGAUGAAAAAACAGCCAUGCGAAAAGAAAUGGCAGCGUGUGCGCAAUGCGAAAAACAAUUGAAACAUAUCAGGAACUUGGAAGACCAACUGAACAAGCGUAAUUUAAAAUUGGCGGCCCAGGAGAGUAACGAAACACUGAUGAAAGAGCUUAAAGGCAAGGCGCAGUUCUUCCAGAAGUACAUAGUGGAGCGAUACAAAAAACUCAGUGACCUGCGCUCCGUCGCAACCAACACGGAGAGUGACGAAGUGAGCCCCGUGACGUCACCAGCGCGAGCUUCACCUGGGCGCAACCGUGACCACGACAACGACAAUGAUCACGAUGAUGAUGACCAACAGGCCGACCAUGACCAUCAGGCUGAACUAAUGAUGAAGGAGAAGGCAAUACGCGACCAAAUAGCCGAGAAAUUCACAUUGGAAAUUAAAACGAUCGAAAUGAAUUGCGCGAGACGAUUAAAAGAAAUGGAGACCGAACAAAUGACAGCGGUGACAAAACUAAAGGACUUAUUAGAGCGAAAAGCCACGGAAGUGGAUACUUUGAAACAGUUUAUAUUAUCUGAAAGAGCGAAAGUCACCCAGAUACUAGAAUCGAAAGAAAACGAAAUAUCUAUUCUCAUAAAAGAGCAUAACGAGCUACAAAAGGAAUGUCAAAAGGCCAAAGACGAUGUUGGCGAAUGGCGGCACAAAGCUGAAAAAUAUAAAGAAAGGCUGUCCCGCUUGGGUUCAUUGGAAGAUAUAAUAAAGAAAGAAAAAGAAGAUUGGAAACAGAAAAGCAAUUUGACAGCUAAAGAAUUUCAUACAAUGAGAACGAAGUUGCUAGAAUUACAAGCGCAUAUGUCGCAACUCGAAGAAAAGUAUGCAAAAGUACAAUCAGAUUAUCAAGUUCUGCAGGAAAAGUACAAAAACGCGAAGAAAACAGUUUUAACGUAUAAAGAUUACAUGGCGAAGAAAGACACCCACAUAAACAACGAAAUGAACAGGAUACAAGACGAAUAUCGCAAGAUUUUUGUAAAACUGCAAAAUCAAAUUAACUAUUACGUUAAUUGCAGGGUGUUAGAGGAGAAGAAACACAAAGAAAAGAGACCGCAGUCACAACAGCACGUUCAGGUCGAUUAUACGGAAAAAUUAAACGAAUUGACGGAAGACUUUGCUCGCCUUGCAAAAUCGAAUUUCAAGGAAUCGCCUGAUCUUCACUGACAUCUACUGAAAAUGUCAAAACAAUUUAAUAGACAAUCCAUAGUGUACUAAUCAUAUUGAAUUUAAUAGUAUUCAAGUGAGUGUAAAAUGAAACUGCAUCUGAAAAGGUUAUAGAAUAGCCCCAAACAGAAAACGGUGAAAUAUCUCAUAUCCACACAUUCAACGUUUAUUUAAAUUUUUAAUACAUAUUAGUUAUAAUCUAUCAAAUUUAAAUAUUCCUUUAGCAGUACUGUCUUGUAACAAAUUUUAUUUUUUUAUUUUUAGACAUUUCCUAAUGUAUUCAUGUGUAAUUUUAAGUAAACAGAAAUCUAUAUUUAUCAAUUUAAUUCAAAAAUCAAUAAGAUAUCAUUUUUAAUAAUUAAACAUUAACAUUAAAUGAUGUCAAUAACAUACAUUAAAUAAAAGUUGUAACAAAUUGAGGUCCAUCCAACUUCAAAUGCUCGAUCAACACAUUAUUUUUUAUUCAUCUUGUAUUUAUCCAAGCUUUAAUGGUCGCGAAGUACUUAAACAUAAAAAAAAAAUGUUGCAUUUACCUAGUGUUAAUAUAAGAAUGUAGCAUCGUUACAUAUCGAAAUGUGUACUUCAUAAAUAUUAAUAAAAAAAUAUUGCCAUUUACACACAAAUGAAGUUGAUGAUUACAGUUAAUUAAACUUUUAUAAAAUUUAAUUAUUACGUAAAGGCUAUAAACCUUAUUGUAAUUUGAAUAUUUUUGGUGCCUUCUUUCGUUUUAGUAUAAUGAUAUAUUUCAAUAAUUAAAAAUAAAAUGUACAAUAAUUUAUAUUGUUUAAUAUUAAGUAAUAUGACAAUUUUAUGCAUAUUUACAUGUACAAAUUAUUAAUAUUGAAGGUCGACUAGAAUUGGAUUGAAAUGAAAAAAAUAAAUAUAUUUUUGAUAAAAUAUUCACUAUUGAGAAAUAAUUAUUCCUGUGAUAAAGCUUGUAAAUAUAAAACAGUAUUAAAAAUAGUUCAAACAUAAUCUCAACAUUCCAAAUGAUUCCACAAUAACUAUUACAUGUCCAUACAUAAAUUAGUAACUAAUAAGUGUUCCCAAUAAUGUCGAAUUUAUUUAUUAUUGCUCAAUUGUUAGUUUACGAGAAAUAUGUUGAUUAGUAGUAUUAGUUGUGUGUAUAUAAGCUCGCUUUUUUAUAGUUUAAAGUUAAACUAGUUGUACUACGACGACGAAACUAAUUACAAAUUCUACUUUAUAUUAUUGUGUUUAUGAUUGCAAAUAAAACUAUUAUUUAAUUUAA